CCCAUCCUAACGACAAUAACUCCUCUGCUUUAUUUAGCUUAUUUCCUGCCACAAGUAAAAGAAUCCCCAAGCCGUCAGAGAAGAAGAAGAAGAAGAAGAUAUGGGCAAAUUCUGUGCAGUGGUGGCCAUUGUUUUGGUUUUAGGGAUGAUGGGGCAUUCUGUUGCGCAGGCUCCAGCGGGCUCUCCGGCAAAAUCACCAGCGGCAACACCCACAAGGUCGCCGGUUCCAACCCCAGCGAAAACACCAACGCCAUCUGCAUCUCCAGCGCCCUCGCCUGUGGCUUCCUCCCCUGCACCUGCUUCGUCCCCUGCAGUUGCACCUUCUUCAAAAGCUUCUUCGGCCCCUUCUUCCCCAGCCGGAGCUCCCACAACAGAUUCUUUCUCCCCUGCCCCCUCUGUUCAAUCCCCAACCUCAUCUUUUGAUGGCACCACUCCCUCUGCCGCCUCUGCUACUUUCGUACAGAAAAUGGGUGUCUUUGGAGCUGCUUUGCUCGGAGGCGCCGCUUUCCUUGUGUAGUUAGACGGGUGCAUUGUGAUUGUUUCUGUUUGUAUUUCACACAUUCGCAGCUUUUUGCUGGGGAGACUUUCAUUCGUUUAUUUGUUCAGAGACAGGGCUUGUGGAGAAGAGUCUUUGUAAUUUAUAUAUAGCGUAGAAGAUUGUUGCUUUUUGUCAGUUCUUUUCUGUCACUUAUUCUAUUAUUGAGCCUGGUCAUCCAUCCACUGGCAUUUAUCCUUGUAUAAUCUAUACCCAUGUUUGGGACUCAAAUUCUUUAAUAAAAUGAUCUUGUACUUAAACCGGAAAA